GUUUCUAUAAAAUCAUCUGCCCUCCGCUGCCAUGGAUGCUACUGUUGAGUUCCUGCUCAUUUCCUUUAAGGCCAAACUGCUGCUUGCCCUGAUUAAUCUUUUACAUGUGGUGCAUGAGAGGCUGCUGUUUUUCUGCCAUAGUUCUCCACUUUGUGAUAAUAAGGAGCAGGAAUUGUGUAGUUUGCAAUAUCGAGCUGCAAUAUCGAUUACAGACAUGUUUUAUUGGCAGAUCUACAAAUGACAUACUUUGGCAAGCCUUUGAUGGAACGCAAAACCUGAACUCUAACUAGGAGUUGGUCCUGUUGUCCAAAUUCAACACAAUUUGUUGAACCAGUCACACUGAGCAUGGAACUGCUGAGGAAAUUAUAUAUUUUCAUCCUGAAUUAAGUUUGGCCAUGCAAAUUUGCAUCACUAGUCACUGAGUUUAAAUCGUCAUCUGCAGCCUCAAUGCCAGACGUCAUUGCCUCAAACCAGUUCACUGUAUAGUGUUUGACUACUAAACUAUUUGACAGCCCAGUGAUUCAUUCGUCGGUUUGUGCCAUGAAACAUUACUUGGGCAAAAAUCAAUACAACUGUCUUUGAUGAAGACUUAUUUAUACCAUUAUCUGCAUGAGUGUGCUUUAAAGAGUCAGUUUAUCAGGCGUCCACAGUUAUAUUAGGACAAACUAGCCAGUUUAGAAAACAUCACAUAUUGCCUGCAUUCCAUUUAAAGAUACCUUUAACAAUUGAAGAUAGAUUAGAUUGUGUUUUACAGUUCACUUGCUGCCCUCAAACAGAAGCUUACAAAACAUUGUUUGGAUACUUGUAUAUAUUUCAGUCUCACCUCACGUAUGAAGCAUUUGUUGGAUGAACGUAUCAUACCUACAUAUAUGUAUUUAUUCUUUUUGAAGACUGUUCCCAUUUUUCCCAUCGGAUAUCAUUAUUUUUCUCUAAUCUUCCUGUCAUGUUUUCUGUCACCCAUGGAAAACGUGCCAUGCACCAAACCAUUGGGGCUUUCUUGCCUGAUGUACACAUCAAUGCUGGAUCUAAAUUUCUGGUCAUAUAUCCCUAUUUGGUGAUUUGUGAAAUCUAAAUGGGAUCGGCCCGGUUCUCCAGCUGCUGACUCCAGCGAGUGAAAAUGUUAGCCUUAUGUUGUCGUGCCUCUACUUUCAGGCUUUGGCCCCUGAUGAUUUGUGUGGGUGUGGUCUCUUCUGUUACCCCUCAUCCUGAGUGAAGCCCCCUCUGUUUCCCCCAAACACACACGCAUUCAUACCACGGCGAUGACACACCAUUCCAACAACUCUGUGCGAGACCAUAUGAAAUGGGCUGGGUUGCUGGGCUGCGAGGCGGUGCUGUCCAGCAUGGCCCUCAUGCAAGCCAACAACAUCCCAGGCCAGAAGAAGAUGAUGUCACCCUUGGGUCAAGGGCACAGGGCCAGUCCUGAGAGCCAUCAAACCCACUCGCAACACUCUCACAACCACCAUGGACACCAGGUUCACCAUGGACAAGCCCACCACAGCCACAUGGGCCAGCCUUCAGCCGGCAGCUGUCCACCCCUGCUCAUCCGAAAGGACGGGGAUUAUCACUCAGCAAGAAUGAUGGACGGGAAGGACAUGCAGGCAAACCAGAACAUGCAACCCAAGAAGAAGCACAAAAAAUCUGGCUCCUCCAACAAAGUAAAAGUGGAGCAUUUACUCUCACCGAUCAAUAUGGAUGAUGACAGUUCCUUGAAAGUCCAGAAGAACUUCAUCUGUGACCACUGCUAUGGAGCUUUCCGGAGUAGCUACCACCUCAAGCGACACAUACUUACACAUACAGGAGAAAAGCCAUUCGCUUGCGACGCGUGUGACAUGCGGUUCAUUCAGCGUUACCACCUGGACAGACACAAGAGGGUGCACAGUGGAGAGAAGCCGUACCAGUGUGAUCGCUGCCACCAGAACUUCUCACGGACAGACAGACUGCUGAGACACCGGCGGCUAUGUACAGUCGGGAUGAGCAAAGAGGAAAGCCAGUACUCACAGGACACAUCUGCCCACCCAGCUUCCUGGAGCCCCCUACAGCCUUCCAACAACCGGCUGACCGUCUGACCCGCAGCCUCCCACAGAGACCCGACAGACAACAGCAGCCUGCAGCUCAGUGUCGUCGCACGUUGGAGCUCAACAGCGCUGUAACCUGGAAACAGCCUAGCUUAAACACAACCAAACUUUAGUUUGCGCUCCUUCAUAGAGCUUUAUAGCAGAUUUUUGUACUUUUUUAAAAAUCUACUGUUAUGUUCACAAUACUGGCAAAAGACGAAGGACUGAUUCCCGAUCUUGGACAGCAGGUCAUGGUAUUACAUAUUACUGUUGCCGUGUUACGACAAUAACUGAAUGAAAUGAACGCACACAUCUUCUUUUAAUCCGAGAUGUUACAGUUAUUUCUUGGUGUUGCUGCCAAGGGAUUGCAAGUAUUUUUGACUACAAUGAACAUCAGUGUUUCGUGCAGCCCCUCUUAGGCGUCCUGAUCAACCCCGGUGAGGCCCUCGACUAAAUACGGACAGUUCACCAAUGGACGCCGACAGAACCGUGGAGCUUUUUAGUGUUGAAGUCCUACUCAUUUUGUGUUCCUCAUGCUGCUGCUCAUGAGCAGAGGAUCACAGCAGACUUGUGGUCCGUGCUGCCUUGACGGAGUAAUUAGCCACCUAUCCAGAACUGUAGGUGUUGUGUGAAUAACACAAGUUAAAUUAAAUGUAGCUUUUGAUAACACUGACCUAAACUAAGGAGCUUAUUACAGAGUAAAAUACAAACUAGUCGUCCGUUUUUAAUUCAUGUACAAGCCUUUUUUUCCCUCAAUACACAAGUCUUAAAUGGAUCUAAAAUAAUUUCUUUCCAGCUAUUUGUUUGACUGAUGGAAUAACUACAGAUGCAGCUCUGUUGGUGAGGAUGAAAAACACUACAGGUUGUCUAGAUGCUCCUGAGAUGUUACAUUUUCAACUAAUCUUGGUAUUAGUUAAGUUGUGUAUCGACUGUUGGCUCACACAUUCACUGGUCUACCUUGUUUUAAAGGGAAUUUGUCCUGGUUGUUAAUAGGCUACGCUGGUUGAAACACAGUAGAAGGCUGACAGCUUUUGUAGGAAGAGUCCAGAGUUUUUGAUGCUCUUGAGUAAAUUGAGCUUUUUUUAUAACAUUAACUGGACGUUGGAACCACCUGUUAAGGCGAUGAGAUGUUUUCUAAAGUGCUUCUUCUAUAAUAACCCCCCCAACAUAAAUGCAUUAUGUUUACUGUCUCUCAGUUCAUAGAAACCACUGUCAGUCAUAUUUUUUUCCUGCUCUGAAUUCAGAUUCUUCUGACUUUAAAACUUCCGUCCUUUCAGAAGUAAGUGUGGUGAGUGAGGCUGAGUCAGCGUUUAAUUCAUUGUUCCUGAUAACGUCCCAGAACAGGUCAAACAGUUGGAAGUAUAAUUUGGCUUUUUUUUUUUUUCUUUAGGGCUCACCUCCGUCUCGACCUGACUGAAUGUGGUCUGAACACAGUGCCAUGUCAUUUCAUGUGUAGUUUCACCCUGAGCAUCUUCAGUGAAGGUGACUAAUUGUUCGCAGUGGACGGGGAAAUUUAAGGUCCACGUGGUGUUUUGUGUGAUUAUAGCCUACAUUAUGUCACGUUCAGGCCUCUGUACCAUGAAAUCAGACUGUAAACACUGGACUGAAGAUGUUAGCGCAGUUGUAGAGGAUUGUAUUGUAGAGUGGUACUUCUGUUGUUAGAUUAUGUGAAAGGAGUUUGGGGCCCACCACUUACUUGUCUACUUUUAAUGAAGUUAAUAUAUAUUUAAAUUGUAUUAGGGGUAGAAAAUAGUAUGUAUGGGACCUACACUCCAACAGAAAAUCAAAGUAUUUACAAAGUUAUAGUCCUUAGUCUGAUGAUUUCUUAUGACAGCUGCAGCAAGUCAUCCAUAAGCUUGCUGUUCGGAGUAAAGUAAAAACCGCCACUCUUGCCCUUUUAGUAUAGCAGCCAUGAUUAGUCGGCAUAUUUUGUAUUUUUCUUUUGCAUGUGUUUGUUGGAGGAUCUUGUAUACAUUUUGUUUUGGUAAAGGUUUUUUUUUAUGUGAGACCCACCUAUUUUCAUUUCAGGAGUGAAAUCAGUUUUGACUCAAUCAUACUGUAGUAUGGCGCUUGUAAUGGAGUUUUAGGGCCCCAAGUCUCAAUAAAGCUGUUCCACUUUUUAAACAAAUGCAUGCUGUUCACCUUUUCUGCAACACUGGUUCUGGUGAGUUUUUUAAGGAUCCAGAUUUCCUUUUUUCAUUUGUUUUAUAGAAAGUGAAUUCUGGUAUGUUCUGAGGGCUUGGCAGCUUGAAGUACCCAUGAAUUAUUGUGACGCAUGUCAGUAGUUUUCUACUGAGCCCAAGUCAACAUAAGAUGAGUUAUUAUUUAAUAAUUAUUAAUUAUUUGGCCUCACAUGGCACAUUACUUUCUGAAUUUUCGAGGCUAGAAAGACAGAACAUUUCAGAAAUAUGUAAUGCACCAACCAUGUCAGCAGAUGGCAUCCAUGACCAUAUGAGGGGCAAUUUUCUCUCUAGCACAGUAAUGAAGAUUAUAGAAAGAUUUUAAAAUGUUUCCAGAUUGGCGAUAAUUCAAAAUUAUCACACAAUGCUCUGGAUGAUAAAAACAACAAAGAAUUAAGAAGAAAUACUUAAUCCGUCGAGGGGAAAAUCAAUUCUGCGAACAAUUGUCGUGAAUGAGAUCAGACAAUCCUUACUCUCAAUGACGGUUAAUAAAAUGGCAGAACAUCGUUCCUACUGC